AUGUUCAACAAGCUGAGGAAACUACUGGUUCUCCUGCUCAUCAUUUUGAAUGAAACUGGAUCAACUUCAGCCGGCUGCACGUUUUUCUCAUCAAAGUGUGACUUCAAGAACAGAGGCUUAACCACAGUUCCUACAAAAUUACGAGGGUCGAUUGUUAGCCUUGACUUAACGAAAAAUGCCAUCACAGUCAUACCUCCAUCUGCUUUCGCAGGAAACUGGAGGUUGGCAAAACUAUAUCUAGACUCAAAUCAAUUAACUAGCAUUCACCUUGAUGCAUUUCAGUAUCUGCGACUUCUUCAAGAGCUGACGCUGUCUUCUAACAAGAUAACUCACAUUCAGCCUGGUCUACCAAAUCUUCAAAUGCUGUUACUAUCUUCUAACAAUAUAAAGAACAUUCAGUCUGGUAUUUUCUCAGGUCUACCUAAGCUACGAAUCCUAUCACUAGACAGCAACCACAUAACUACCAUCCAACCUGGCACAUUCUCAGACCAAGUCUUUUCUGUGACCAUACACAACAACCCCUGGCAGUGUGAUUCUUUCUACUUCUAG